AUGCUGCAGGUCAAGCGGUUCCCGCCCGACAUUGCCCUGCCCGUCAUCCUCGUCGCCAACAAGUGCGACCUGCCGUCCAACCGCGCCGUCUCGGCCCAGGAGGGCGAGGCCCUGGCCCGCGAGCUGCGCAUGGGCUUUGUCGAGACCUCGGCCAAGGACGGCACCAAUGUCGAGAGGGCCUUUUUCGACGCCGUCCGCCGCUUCUGGAAGCACCAAGAGGAAGAAAUCAAGGGUUUCGACGCAGAUGGCGGCCGCAAGAGCUCUCGGUCCGCCAACCCGAGUCAAGGAACCAAGUGGAAGGGUCGCUUGACUCGUCUCUUUGGGUCCAAGCACGGAGAUCGGAAUUCAACUGCCAAUGCGACUGGCUAA